UUAUGUCAUGUGGCAGUCAUUCAUUGUCAAGUUGUUGACAGUUUUUCUGAUUGUGUCUUCAAUAUUAUUUAAUUACAUUAAUAUUAUUAAUUAUUUUAAUACCUAUCUAAAAAAUAUUUUCGUCAUCGCCGAGUAUCACCAGAUUAGUUUUACAGAACAAUGCCUAUUCCUUUGGUCUUUAUAAUUUUUGUUACCACUUCGUGAUAAUAGCAAAUGUUUUUGUGUCAAGAUGUACUUUCCAAUUGGAUGGCCCAAAGUUUUAAAGAAUCUAGGUGCAGAUAAUCAAAUUAUUAAGCAAAUCGUAUCAAACAGAGACAAGAUUCUGUUUGCAUCAUUAAGUGAUGAAUGCCUCAGUGUAUGGUAUUGCAAGCCAACAGUGCCAAUUGUUUACCAUAAAAGAAGUGCAGAGUCUCUACAAAGAUUAGGUGUGAAUGUGGGAGUGGAAUGGAAACCAGAUUCAUCUAUGAUAUGUAUUUCGACAUCAGAGGGACAUUUGAUAUUGUACAAUGUAGAGGGGUUGAGCGAGCAGACUGCUUAUCAGCAGUAUGACCCACCUACGGCCAGCCUACGCAGGGACUCUGCUGAGUUGUUUGUCAAAGAAGUUAUACCAUCACUAAAAAUUACACUGUUCAAAGAGGUGCUAGUAUGGGAUGGUCAUAUAACUCGCAUGUGCUGUAUCUCCGGAACAGAGAUCUUAGUGUGUACGACGCGAGCGCACUUACUGCGCUACAGGUGGGACGGUUCGCAAAACAGGGACUACUGUCUUGACCUUGGACGAAUACCGUUCUCCAUCAAUCAACAAGUUUCUAAAGCGGAGCCCAUACUGGAGGAUAACACACAUGUAAACGACAUAGAAUACUCACCAUUAGUUUGUGGCUUUGGGAUCACGCUCAACGAUGGCCGUGCAGCAUACCUCACCGCUCCUAAUCUCAAAUUUGAUCCAAAUGCCGUGCAAGGUAUAUGGGCGCCUGGCAUCGAUGAUGCGACUUGCACAAGAGUUAACCACAAAUUUAGACUCAUUGCUAUCGGGAGAAAGAAUUCUCAAGUGGAUGUAUUUACGAUAGACGAGGCGACAGGCGGCUUAGAGCUGUCUCAUACAAUGGUGCUUAGUUCUAAGGACUUCCCGGGUGAUCCUGGACCUGUGAAAUGUAUUAGGUGGACGGGCGACGGCAGGGCGGUGGCGGCGAGCUGGGAGUGCGGCGGCGUGUCGGUGUGGAGCACGUUCGGUGCGCUGCUGGUGUGCUCGCUGGCCUGGGACCACGGCCUGCACCAGGACCUCGCCGCGCACAACCCGCUCGUCGUCUCCAGCAUGGAGUGGGCCACAGAAGGGUAUCAAUUAUGGAUGGUGAAAGUGGAAGGAGAUACCAGUUCUAACAUUAUUCAAUUGGACUUCGUCAAAAGUCCACUUAGUGUGAAUCCUUGUAUGAGCAACCAAAGACAUCUUUACCUACAAGCAGAUGACAAAUUAUACGUGAAUCUGGAAGAUAAUCUCACGAAACGAACUAAAACGUCUAUAAUUGACGCCACUAGUGACGCGUAUCAAAGCGAAAAUGGUGUUCAAGAGCAACCAAACUCAGAAUAUGAUAGCAGUGCCAAGUAUAGAGAAUUCAUUGACGAUAAUGAGUGUAGAAAGCAAUGGAUAGUGUUACCUCUGCCGGCUACUUAUAUUGCCACCAACUGGCCUUUGAGGUACAGCGCGGUGGACGAGGCGGGCGCGCACGUGUGCGUGGCGGGGCGCGCGGGGCUGGCGCACUACAGCCGCGCGGCGCGCCGCUGGAAGCUGUUCGGCAACGAGGCGCACGAGCGCGACUUCGCCGUCACCGGCGGCAUGCUCUGGUGGCGCGACUACAUCGUCGUCGGUUGCUACAGCAUCCUGGACGGGCACGACGAGAUCCGGUUUUACCCGCGUGACGCGAAACUCGACAACAAGUAUGCGAAAAUUGUCCGCGUGCAGUCUCAAGUAUUCGUGCUCGACAUACUGGACGAUCAGCUGGUCGUGUUCGGUGCGGACGCGCUCGUCACCAUAUACGAGCUCACCUGUAUCGACAAUGUGGGCAACGUGGAGAUGCGGUGCGUGCAGGCGGUGGACGUGUCGGCGCUGUCGCACCCCGCGUGCGUGGUGUCGGCGUCGCUGUGCCGGCUGCGAGACGCGCCCGCUCGCCCGCGCGCUGCCGCACCCUCUUCCGCUUCCGCUUCUGCGCCUGCGCCACCGGACACCACGCAGCCGCAGCGCCACCCCGAUUCGCUGGUAAUCAAUGCAAGCGGCAAAUUGAUGAUGGUGCAGAGAGAAGAAUAUGAUGUAGACGAAGAUAACAAUCCUGCAUACAGCUGCCUGCCAGCGACAGUGCUCGCUUCGUGCGUGGAGAGUGUAUGGUCAUCAGGCAGCGGGGGCUCUUCGCAAACGCAGCUGUCGCGUGCGCUUUGGCUAUGGUGCGGCUCGCUGGGCGCCCGCGUCUGGCUGCCGUUACUGCCGCGCGACGCCACGCGACACCCCGAUAGCUCGCGACACACCUUCAUGGCCAAGAGGAUCAUGCUGCCGUUCCAUCUCAAUAUUUAUCCACUUACUAUUCUAUUCGACGAUGCAAUACUCCUUGGUGCUGAAAACGACACGACCUUGUACGCGUCUGAUUCGAGUUCGGUGUUUUCGCUGCCGUUCUGUGUCGUCAACAGAACUAGCCAAGUAUAUCUACACCAAAUUCUACGGCAACUGCUUCGAAGAAACUUGGGAUACCACGCGUGGGAGAUCGCACGGUCAUGCUCUGAGCUGCCAUACUUUCCACAUUCACUGGAGCUGCUAUUGCACGAAGUGUUAGAGGAGGAGGCGACCAGCAAGGAACCGAUCCCGGAUGCACAACUGCCCAGCAUUAUCGAGUUUGUUCACGAGUUCCCUGUUUAUCUGCAGACAGUAGUACAAUGUGCUAGAAAGACGGAGAUAGCGCUAUGGGCGUAUUUGUUCUCAGCGGCCGGCAAGCCUAAGGAGUUGUUUCAGGAGUGUCUACAGAGGAAGAUGUUAGACACUGCCGCUUCGUAUCUCAUUAUAUUGCAGAACUUGGAGAGUUCGACAGUAAGCCGCCAGCUAGCUACGCAGUUACUGGAUACAGCGCUGCAGCAGGAGCGCUGGGACCUCGCUAGGGACCUGGUGCGAUUCCUCAGGGCUAUAGAUCCAAAUGAUGUAGAUUCACCGCGGAACUCUGUGAAUGUUCAGGCGAAGUAUGGGCAAAUUGUGCAGUCCCAAACUGUCAGUCCUAACGCUGAGGAUUUAUCGGUCAUACUCGGCAGUAUGCAGCUGUCGGGCGGGCGCGGGCGCAGCUUCAGCACGACGGUGUCGCCGCGCGAGCCGUCGCCGCCCGCCGCGCCCGCCGCGCCCGCGCCCGCGCCGCCCGCGCCGCCCGCCCGUGCCACCGCCGCCGUCAAGAGGAAGAAGUCGGUGCCUGCGCGCUCCGACAGAGAGUCGUACAGCGGCACUGCCGAAGAAUUCUUCAUCGACAUGAUGAUCCAGCGUCACGCGCGUGUUCUGCUAUCGACGGCGCGACUGCACGCGCUAGGCCGUAUGGCGGCCGCGCUCGACCUCCACCUGGUCGCGCUACUAGCUGGAGAACGCGAGCGUGCGGCCCGCCUAGACUCCGCCGUGCACUGCCUACGUCGACUGCAUGAAGACUUCGCGUGGCCCUACCCGGUCGUGCAGCCGGACGACACACAGUACAUGCAGAGGAAAGGCAGCGCUGUACCCAGUACUUACACACCGUCAGCGGAGUCGGACAGUCUGUGCGGCGACAGCGGGUACAUGAGCCUGCCGCUACGGACCGGCCUUCCCUUUACAGCCGGAGCGCCGCUCUCGCCCGGACCCGUCAGCUCGGCGGGCGAGUGCAGCGUGGCGGAGGGCGGCAGCGCGGCGUGGGGCGGCGUGGAGGCGGGCGAGGAGCGGCGCUACGCCGCGCUCAUGGAGCGCCUGCACCACCACCAGGCCGAGCGCACGCCGCACACCGCGCACGUGCAGCUGCGGUACCUGCUGCAGCUGAUGACGGAGGCGAGCUGCGUGGAGUGGGCGCUGGUGCUGGCGGUGGCGCUGCGCGACGCGCUGGCCGUGCUGCGCACCACCAACGCGGCGCGCGCGCACGACGUCAGCCUCGACGCCGUGCGCCGCCUGCGCCGCGCGCUGCGCGACCUGGCCGCCUGGGCCGACCACGAGUGCAUCGGCUAUAAACCAUUUAUGAUGGCGAUCAGCAAUCAGAUACCAUUUCUCACCUCUAUAAUCAACACGCGGGAGCGCCGGAUCUCCAUAAACAGGCCCCGAGUGAGGACUCCCAGCACUGGCUCUCUGACGCAAGACUCGAAGCCGAGAACCCAAGCCGCUUCGGAGGCGAAGCUGCCACCCCCACAGAAAGCUCAGGAGGUGUCAAAGCAGUCGGUGAGGAAGGAAUCUCCGAGCUCACUACCAGAGCCCGCCAAAAGUCCGGUGGCGCCAUCACCGACGCCCGCGCGCGAUGACGCCACCAGCGGUUGUGCCAUAAUGUAAUUAAUAUAUUCAUAAAUGCCUUCACUAAUACAUUGUGACUGAAUGACAAAUUAACCAAAUAGCCACUCCAUGUAACACAAGGCCCAAUCCCUGUUUACAAUAUUAAUGUGGCUGUUUAAAUUGCAGUUAUUGACUAUUUAUUUAUUUAAUUAAAUUUGGCUGCUGUAGUCAUUUAGAUUUUUUUUAUAUGGUUAAUUUUUACUCAUUCAUAUAAAUCCGAAAAUACAUUAUGAAAUUAGUGGCAUAAAAUUAGUUUUAUGAUAUUUAAUCCCAACAAUAAUUAUUAUGUAUUUGAAAUUUAUUUCAGAAACCUAUGCAUGGCUUUUUAAUGAAACUAUUGUCAUGCCUCUCAUUUUAGAUAAUAAAAUUUAUUGACUUCAAUUUUACAAUCUUGAAUAACUUAUGAUGAAUUUAGUCAAAAUAUGCUUUUUAAAUAUGUUUAAUAAUAUAAACAAAUUAUCAAUGAUAUUAAAAUCGUCUAAUAUUUAUCAACAUGCCAAUCAAAUAUUUUAUUCCGAUCACAUGAAGCAUUACAUUUAGUGACAGACAUAAUUGUAAAAAUUACUUGCCAGUUGCAAGUGAAACUACAAAUUCGCCAUUAUAAUUUUAAACUUAUGAAAUAUAUUUACAUUAUUAUGAAGUAUUUGGUGCUGAAUUGAAUUAUAUGAAAAUAAUUUAUUAUUUAAAUAAUCUGAUACUAUUAAUAAUUAUUAUAAAUAUUUACAACUUUUUCUUUCUCUAGUCUUCAAGUAUGAUUAAUUAACUAAUAUAUUUUCAAUUUAAUAAAUAAUAUUUAUAAACUUAAUUGUUAAUAGAUAAUGGUAAAUAGAAUAAAAAUGUAGAACAAUUUGUAAUGUACUUACAUAAAUCGGGUAAAUAUAGAGAGUUAUCUUAACAAGAAAUCUUAUGAUUCAAUGACUGUUUGUUGCAUAGAAUUGUAACAAUAUGCAGAAUUGUAUUUGCGGCAACAAUCAAACAUAUGUUUCGAAAUCGACAGACCGGGGCGUGGUCUACAAAGAUUGGCGCGAAAAUAUGUUUUGGUUAAUUCGUUAGAUUAUGCCGCUACGAACAUAAUUUGAGAUUUGAUGAUACAGAUCGCCUGUAUAUAUCCAAAUAUAAUUGUUUGUUUUACAUUCCAUAUGUAUUAUAAUGUAAUAUAAAUUACAUCUUUUAAUUAUAUUUUAGUAAUUUUUACAAGAUCAAUCAACUUAAUCCGCUAAAUCAAACCAACACGGCAAGACUGUUCAUAUAAAAUUUGUUACUAAAUUCAUUAUUAAACAGUGGCAGAGCAAGACCUAAAUUAAAGUAUAUUGAACAAGACACUAACUUCUGAAACACAGAUUUUUCAUACGGAGUUAGGCACUUCACACUGUAUUGUAACAAUGAGUGAAAUAAAAAUUUAUUUAUUAAUUAUUUAAAAAAUUUAAUAGACUUGAAUGGAAUUUGGUAUACAGAUAUCCUAGAUUAACAGGAUAUAUUUUAUCUUAAGUCAAGAGUGAAAAGCUGCAAAAUACAGUUACUUGUAGAUACAGUAUAAAGUUCGCCGUCACUAUUGUGUUGGAUGAAUCGGUCUUCCGGUGUGAUAUUAGUGUGAUGGAUAUCUGAUUGUUGAUAUAAAUAUAAUUAGAUCAAUAGUACAGUAGGCAGAUAUUAUAGUUAAUUAUUAUCGACUAUAUGAUAUUAAUAUUUGGUAGUGAUUGUCGGAUAACUUUAUAUAUACAUGUAAGUAGGUAUCUUUGUGAAAUUUUUACGAUAAUUUUCUUGAUUAUCGGUAUCGUAACGAUUGAUCUAUAGUACAUAAUGUGCGUAUUCCACUGAACUUCAAUCUAGACAACUGAGGACCUAAGAAUGUUAUAUUUUUUUUAUUAACUUUCAGUUAUCAAUUUCCUAUAACACAGCCAUGCACUUUCAAUACUUAUCCCGCUUUUGAACUUUAUAAAAACUUCAAAUAAAAAAUAUUUUGUGUCUCUUCAGUAUCACUUUUUUUCAAUUAAGAAAAUAGAACAAAUGAAAGAGACAAGUUACAAUAAUUACCAAAAAUAGUUUUUUUUUUUAAUGAUUUUUUUUUUGUUUCGUUAAUUGAUUAUAACUGUAAUUUAAUCUAUACCCAAAUAUAAAUAAAAAAGAUAAACUGUUUACAUGAACUUGAAACAUAUCAACUAAAGACAGGGACUUUAACUUGCCAAGUUACUGGCAAUUCGAUAUGUGCAUUCAAAAAUUGUUUGAAAUCUAAGUAUUAAAACAAGAAAGUAACGUUCUAACUUAUAGAUUCGCAUUUUAACAUAAUUAAGUUUAAAAAAUUUAUGUAUAGUUGUGUUGUAUGUACAAAAUCAUAAUUGAAGUUCUCAAACGCUAGAUUUAUGUGACGUGGUUUACGAUUAAAAAUAUUAUAAUAGUAAUAUAUAUGAAUUGUUUAAAAAUAUAUCUAUUUGCUGUCUUCAAUUCUAUUGUUUUAUGGUCACCUACAUUGCGAAGUAAUAUUGUCAAAAUAACAUUGUAUCUUAAAGCGAGUGUAUACUGUAUAAUAAACUAUCCAUGAAUCGCAUGUCAAUUCAUCAUGUGGACCGACAGCUUGUUUGCCAUUCUAAAUUGCAUAAAAAAAUUCUUUAAUUUUAAUACAAUUAGAGAUACCUCACGAAAUACUCACGGGAAAAAUAUCUCUAUUUUAUUUGCCACUAUCAUGGCAAACAAAUUGCAAUUCGCUGAAUGGUAUCAAUUAGUGGAACGUCCAGUUAAUCAGAUGUAGCUGUAUUUGUUAAAGUCGUCUUUACAAUAUUAAUAGCAUUAUAGUUUUUUUUUUUUUUAAAUAAUACAAAACGAAUCUAAAAACAUUUUACUUGGUAUACACUCAUAUACAAAAUAAAAUUUAGUACUAUCAAUAAGUGGUUAUAAUAAAUAAAAGAUAAUUUCAGUACGUAUGUUGGUGUUUUUACAUUAUCAGCUCAUUUUAGUUUUAAUAUUAAUUAGUUACUCUCUUAUUUUAUGAAUAUUUUAAUAAUACAAUUGUCUCUGCAUUGCUCAAUUGAUAAUCUCAUGACAUUUUUGUCUUUGAAUACUACUAUUUGUCCUAUAUUAUGACCUUAAAGGAUUUAAGACCUAUACCUAUAUAAAAAUGUAACAAAAAAUAUAGAAAUCUUAUGUGCAGUGUUUGUAUUGAUAUUAUUUGUUGAAUCAUGUAUUACAAGCCCCUACUAUUGAAGAUUCAUUAUGUUUGUACUAAUUUCACUUUUUGGAAUGAGAAAUCUCAAAAAGUCUUAAAUAUUCCCUCCCUCAAUAAUUAAUACCCGCCAUCUUGGUGCCAAGUUAUCAAAUUAUUUAUUUGUAAUUAUGUAUAUCUUAAUUAAUUAUUUUUUUCUUUAUAUACCAUUUAGUACAAAAUAAUAAAAUAUGACAUUAUUUAGUUUGUUAAUAUGUAAACAUAAUUCACAUGCUGGUUUAAUUAAAUUGUUGUAAACAUACUUGUAAUGAACUCCUUGCUACAUUUUAUUAUUCUUAUUGUCAUUUGAAAUUUAUAUUUUUUUUUUGACAUUGUUUUUACAUUUAAAUACAUUUUGCUAAUGUCGGUCCCCUUAUGUUUUCUCCUCUCAUUGCAUAUUAAAAGUAUUAUCUCCGUUUCAACACUCAAGUCUAGAAGUAAAACCAUAUAGUGUUUACAUUAAAUACACUUACCGAAACAUUCCCCAGCAAUUGUUGUGACUGUUUUCUCGAUUUUACAUAUAAUAAUGUCGUAUUUCUCCUCAAUGUAACUCUAAUUGUAAAAUAAGUAGAUAAAUAAUGUAAGUGGUGACUAUUGUCGGUAUGUAUACCAUAACGCAAUAAGUUAAUAUGUAUUUAAGUAAAUAAGUAAAAAUUAACGCUUCUAUUAGAUAAGACGGUGAUUUGGUCAAUUAAAGUUGUGAAUAUUAUUUAAAAGUAUUUCUCACAAUCAAUGUCAAAAAUGAAUGCAGGUGCUACUGUUGAAAAAUUAAGCAUAAUACUUUAUAAUUUCAUAAAUUGUAUUUGUUAUAUCGAAACUACAGAAUUUUGAUGUCUGUAUAAUGAUAUAUUUUAGACCUGCGCAGACGAUGGACAUUGUGUCUUCAGUUGAACUUAAAAACAUGAGACAAGGAAGACGAGAAAAAAAUGUUUUAAACAAAUAUUUUGUCCGCGAUAAAAUGCCCUUCGUCUACGCAUGCCAGUAAGUUUAAUUAAUUGCACUUCAAAGCAAUCAAAUUAGAAGUUCAAAUUAGUUUUACAUGUCAUUAUAUAUUUAAUAAAUUUUAUUUUAUGGAAUGUCUGUCAUAUUUUAUAGAUAAUAGUUUUCGAUAUUAGUUUUAAAUAAAAGCAAGUGUGCGAAUAUCCAACAAUAGGAGACGAACUUACUGAUUCACACUGAAUUCCUAUUUCAGCCAUUUAACUAUGGGGAACUGUAACUUCAUGAUUCAUAAUGUUGAUUCGAAUUGAUAGACUUCUUCAUAUAAGCAUAUCUAUUAUCUAAAUCUGCAUUUGUCUGCCUGUCGUGAAAUCCUAUUAAAUUAGAAUAUUAUAUUCUUCUAUAAAUUUUAAAUUUUCAGCAAUGAUUUAUGUAUUAAACCUGUACUCACUAAGAAAGAAUUUUGCGCUAUUCCUAUUGGAACGUAAAGGAAUAAACGCAAACGAAACUGCGUUGUUCCAUUCUAAUGGUAGUACAACUAAAAUGAUAAAGAUUGUCAGAGGAAAUCGUGUUCUCAAAUUAGGUACUUCAAAGAUUUAUAUAAUAUGAUUAUUACAACUUUCAUGUGUCACACAUAAAUGGAAUUCAGUGUUAGUUGGUAGAGAUUUAAAAAUUACUAAGUGAGUCACUCCACCACUCCUGCAAUUUUGUCAUCACAACUAUUAGAAGUUUACAUAAAUACCUACAGAACAGGCACGGAGGUUGAAGGUAUGCCCUGUAGAAAUUAUUUAAAUUUUGUAACUUUUUGUAAUCUAGAAACAAUUGAUGUUAAAUAAAGUCUUUAUGAAGUAA